ACCCCAACGAGUAUAAUACCUACUGCUCCGACUGUCGUGAUAAGAUAAAAAAAGGCAGCGAUUUUUUUUGCGAUAUGUCUUACUGCCAUUGCCUUAUAAGGCGCCAAAUUUUGGCUUGACAGUCUUUCAAUAAAAUCUUGCCUCUGCGGGGACGUAGCAUUGACCCGCACGGCUCUUCAUCUUUAAUUAGUUUUGAGGUACGUUAUUUUAAUCUUAUUAAAAUCGAAAAAUUCAGUUUGUGUAAAAAGAUUGAUCUUAUUGCAAAAGAAGCGAAAUGUUGGAUCGUACAAAAUUUAUCCAUUUAUAGCAAAUAUUAAUGAUGAGAUAUCUGCUGCCAUUGAUUCUUGUCCUGGCAACUUGCUGGGCAGGCAUUCCUAUUCCUGAAAGUGUAAAUCCCCAACCAAUUCAGGAAAUUCUAGACGACUACAGAUUACCGAAGGAUGUCAUACCCACUAAUUAUGUCAUCGAAUUAACACCAUAUCUAGACACAAAGGAUAAAAAGAACUUUACUUUCGAUGGACAUUCUGAAAUCGAUCUGGAAAUUGAGAAAAAUACUAAAACUAUAACAUUUCAUGCUAAUAAACUUAACAUAACCGACAUUAAGUUAAACUAUUCUAAGAAUGAGGAACCAAUAAAUAUUUUAAAUACAGAAAUAAACGAACAAAAGGAUUUCGUAACACUCAAUUUAGAGAAAGAACUUAAUUCUACAUUAAAAAAUAUAAGAUUAAUUUUAAAUUUUACUGGAGUGUUAAACGAUAAUUUACGUGGAUUUUAUAGAAGUUCUUAUCAAGACGGAAACGAAACAAGAUGGCUCGCAACAACUCACUUCGAGCCAGUAGCCGCGAGACAAGCAUUUCCAUGUUGGGAUGAGCCUGCAUUAAAAGCAACUUUUAACAUUAUUAUCAAUUAUUCCACAAAUAAGAAUUACCACGCACUCUCGAAUAUGCUUGGGAACGAAAAAAAUGGAACGACGACUUUUUCGCAAACACAAAAUAUGUCCACCUAUCUCGUGGCCUUUGUAGUUUCAGAUUACAAAAACAACACAAAUAAAGAAGAAAACCUUAGUGUUUGGACAAGACCCAACGCAAUCAACAGCACAAAUUUUUCACUCGAAAUCGGGCAAGAAACAUUGAAAGUAUUAUAUAAUUUCACUGGCAUCGAUUAUUACACAAAAAAUAUUCCAGGAAUAAAGAUGGAUCAAAUUUCAAUCCCAGAUUUUGCAGCUGGUGCUAUGGAAAAUUGGGGUCUUGUGACUUACAGAGAGUCUGGACUGCUUUAUACUGAAGGCAAAUCAACUACUCAAGACAAACAAGCUAUAGCGAAAGUGAUAGCUCACGAAUUCGCUCAUCAAUGGUUCGGUGAUUUAGUGACUUGCGAUUGGUGGGAUUAUAUCUGGCUAAACGAAGGAUUUGCCACCUUCUUUGAAUAUUAUACAACCGAACAAGUUGUUCAAAACUUGUAUAAUCAGUCCUGGCGUCUUAUGGAUCAAUUUGUUAUCAAGAAUCUACAAGCAUCUGCAUUCGUUACCGAUGCAACUAUUAAAACUCGUCCAUUAAAUCCUGAUGUUAGUGUGAAAACUCCUGCUCAAAUCAAUAGUUUGUUUGAUGAUAUUGCUUAUAAAAAAGGCGGUUCUAUUCUCCGGAUGUUACAACAAUUUUUGACAGAAGAUAUCUUUCAAAAAGGACUUCGUCAAUAUCUGAAUACAAAUCAAUUUAAAUCUGUUACACCCCCUCAACUCUUUGAAGCCUUCGUUGAUGAAAAAAUUGACAAAAUUUUACCGAAUAAUACUUCACUUAUGGACGUUAUGGACAGUUGGUUGAACAAAUCUGGAUAUCCUGUUGUCACGGUUAGCAAAAUCUCAGAAUCUAAAUUUAAUCUGACACAAGAGCGAUUUUUCCUGGUGAAACCAAUGAAGAAGGAUACAACUCAAUGGUACAUACCCAUAACCUAUGUCGAAGAAAAAGCACUCAAUGACAUACAAUCAGGCUGGAUGAUACCUGAAAAACCUACAAUUGUUACAAUCAAUAACGUUUCAAACUGGAUUCUUUUCAAUAAAAAUCAAACAGGAUAUUAUCGCGUGAAUUACGAUGAGGAAAAUUGGAAAAAAAUCGUAGCGGAUAUACGAUUAAAUAUAAGCAGUACUAAUCGUGCCCAAUUGAUUGACGAUGCAUUAAAUCUAGCGCGAACGGGAUAUUUGUCGUAUAAUGUCUCUUUACAGAUUACAACUUAUCUGUCAAAAGAGACCGACUACAUACCAUGGUAUGCGGCUGUUAGGGCAUUUGAUUAUCUGGACGGUGUAUUACACGGUUCGAAUUUUUCUAACUCGUUCCAUAUUUUUGUUGCUAAAAACAUAGCAAAUUUCACAAAAGCAGUUAAUUACACGAACCCCGAAGGUGAGCAUGUAGAGAAAUUAGGUAAAGUACUAGCAUUAGAUAUUGCUUGUAAAUACGGAAUGAAAAACUGCGAGAAUUUCGCUCAAGGAAAACUUAACGAAUGGUUAGAAGAAAAGGAAAAACUCUCACCAGACUUGAAAAAUGGAAUUAUUUGUGCUGGAUUGCGAAAAGGGAACGAGGAAACAUGGAAAAAGAUUAUAGAAAAGUAUAAAAAAAAUAAAGAAGAACAGCCGAACAUUCUUGCUGGCCUUGGUUGCGCAUCCAAAGACAUUGCAAAUAAAUUCCUCAAUUCAACUAUUGAAAAAGACCCCAUAAUAGAUAUUUUUUCUGCAAUGAAUACGAUAGUUGAAAGAAAUGCUGAGGCUUUUGAGAUUCUUCUAGAUUUCAUUAAUGCACACAUCAAAGAAAUCCAAAAAGCGGAUAAGGAUAAUACGAAACUUCCAACUUUCUUUAAUAAACUUGCCAAUAAAGUUUCGUCUUUUGAACAAUAUAUAAAGCUAUCAGAAGCCGUAUACGAACAUUUGGGAGAUUUCGAAAAGUUUACAGGAUGGGAUAGUGCAUUAGAAAAUCUUGCUUGGAUUAAAUCCUAUCAAGAAGAAGUUGGGAAAUUUAUCGAGGAAAAUAUUAAGGAGCAAGACUCAACAACAACAAGUUCUGCAACUUCCUUUACUUUGGCAUCGUUCCUUGUGAUUAUCCCAUUACUACUCGCACGAUUCAACUAGAAAUACAUAGAAAAAAACAUAGUA